UGGCAUAUAUGAAUGGCAGACAAUUCCAUCCACAAAACUGCUUUCCGCACUCGGUACGUGUCGUAUGAAUAUCUGGUAAUGCCGUUCGGACUCACCAACGCACCGGCAACGUUCCAAGCUGAAAUGAACCAUAUUCUACGCCCACUCUUGGACGAAUGCAUAGUGGUGUACCUGGAAGACAUCCUCAUCUACUCGCGCGACAUGCAGCAGCACGUCCAACACCUGCGACGCGUCUUCGACAUUCUUCGACGAGAACGAUUCUACGUCAAGUUAUCCAAGAGCGAAUUCGCCCUCGAGAAAGUCCAAUUCCUAGGACACAUGGUGAGCUCUCAAGGAGUUCACGUUGACCCCAAGAAGAUCGAAGCCGUACGCACGUGGAAGACACCCGAGAACGUGAAGGAGUUGCAGCGUUUCCUAGGCUUCGUGAACUAUUACAACAAGUUCUACUCGACACCCGCAAUAUCAACAUCACUGUAGAUGGUGGGCAAGAAAUCGGUG